AUGAGUAUCGUUGAGUCAGUCUCCAUCACAACAUCGACAUUCCCACUCAGAUCGCAGGAAGAAAUCGGCCAAGGUGGCGGCUUAUCCGGUUCCACACGAAACUUCACUUCCGCGAUCGCCGUCGCCGUCUACACAGCAACGCUCAGCAAUCGCCUCAUCGCUACCAUUCCGCAACAUGACAACCACCACCGUCCACUUCUUCUCUCUUGCUGGCCGCCUCUGCAUCACGCAAGCUACCAAGUUCGCGCAUUCCGCCAGCUUGAGCUUCGCAUUGCUCUCAACAUUAUGGCGCGCGUCACCAUCUCCACCGUCAUCCUAGCAUGA